AGUCCCCAAAUACCUCUACGAUGAGACUGCCAGCAAAGGAGGGUGAGGUUUUUGGAGUCUCGCCGACUGAUAAAACCGAUGGCAAAGAAAGCGUAUGAUUACCUGUUCAAACUGCUUCUCAUUGGAGACAGUGGAGUAGGAAAAACAUGUCUCCUCUUCAGAUUUUCUGAUGAUGCCUUCAAUACAACCUUUAUAUCCACUAUUGGAAUUGAUUUCAAAAUCAAAACUGUUGAAGUAGAUGGAAAAAAAGUGAAGCUUCAGAUUUGGGACACGGCUGGUCAAGAGCGAUUCCACACGAUAACCACCUCGUAUUAUAGGGGAGCUAUGGGCAUUAUGUUAGUGUAUGAAAUAACAGAUGAAAAAAGCUUCGAUAAUAUUGCAAAAUGGCUCCGGAAUAUAGACGAACAUGCAAGUGAAGGUGUAGAACGAAUGAUUCUGGGAAAUAAGUGCGAUAUGGAAAACAAAAGAAUGGUUUCAAAGACUAGAGGCGAAAAUAUUGCAAGAGAACAUAACAUAAAAUUCUUUGAGACUAGUGCGAAGGACAACAUCAACGUGGAACAUGCCUUCAUGGAACUGACACAAGACAUACUAAGAAAACAACUGUCUGAUAGUUCGGAUACCCCGUCACGAGCGGCAGGAACAGUGGACCCAACUAGGAGACCCCAAAAACAAGCCGGGUGUUGCUCAUCCUAAUUAUCAAUUUUUGAUUGAACGUGAAGGUUUCUCUAUACAUAAAUAUAGAAUUCUUAAAUGAUGACAGUGAAGGUAGGAGAAUUUUUUAGGGAAGGAUCCUUCCCCCCCACCCUGCUCGCUAUUCCCCCCACCCUGUUCGCUAACAGCAAACUGUAGUAACAAGUUUUUGCCUCCUCGCAUUCACGUGCUGACGCCAUCUCAAUGAAACAAAUCUCAAUUUUGAAUAAGCCCUAAUACGAGAUAAUUCUCAUUUUGUGCCUGUUCUCCCAUCUAAGUCCUGUUUGCGGCUGGAAAACAGAAUGAUUUGAAAACAGAAACGAAUAACCCGUUCAAAUUUAUUUCUACAGAUAUUUUAUUAUUUAUUACUAAGAAAACACAAGGCAAAUACCUGUCUGCAUGAAUUCUAAACUCAGUUUCAUAUUUCUCCAUUAGGCCACAUUCAAUUUCGCUCUCUUUUAAAAGCCCUGUUAGGCCAUUUCCUCUUAAUGUUUUGUAUCGUAGUCAUCGAUGGUUAUCCCUGAGUAAUUUUCCAGUCGGUUUAUGUUUGGAGACUAUUCGUUUCAUAUGUUCUCGCAUCUUAACUCCAGUAAAAGAAAUUUCCUUUAUUUUAUCAAAUAUAUCUCAUUGUUGAUGUAGUAUCACUCGCAAAAGUCCAAGUUAGAUUUUUCUACUCACUGGUUGAAGAGCGACAUCUAUUUAUAAAAUUUUCUGACUAUCUUCUUCCUCCAUAUUAAAGAAGAGAAUUUCUUUCAACCUUAGGAGUUUCUGUACAGAAGAUGUUUUCACUUAUUAAAUUAAUAACUUUUUCUUAGUUUGAUGUAUGUCUUCAUAAUUGAUACCUGCACAUUUCUGAACUUUCAUUUUUCUAUAGUCAUUGCUGCCUUUUUACACCGUAUCUGUAUUUCGCUGCCACCUCACAAUUUCAUAGCCUUAGUUCUCCUUCGUUUUUGUUCAUGUUUGUUAUCAUGUGCUCAAACAGUUUUUCAAUUUUCAAUACCUCUUAUCUUGUUUACGUCAUCCAUUGUCUACGAAGUUAUAUAAUGAUUUCAUAAUAGCCCAAGAUUCAAUGUUUAACAUCAUUUUAUGGUUUGUAAUUUUUCCGACAUUUACUAGUCUAAAAAUUAUAUACCUUCGUAAGGAGCUCGCAAUAUCUUGUAUGGAUAAAUGCGGUAAUUAAAUGGCACAAUUCAAA